CUUCUUUAAAACUUUAACUUUACUCUUUUUUAGCUCUCUCUCAGUGACGGUUUUCAGUCUUUCUCUCUCUCCAAGAAUCACACUCAUGGCGACACUUCUCUCACCUUCAUCUUCUUCAACCUAGUUUUCAUUUUGUUCACUACAACGGAUCUAUGGCCAUGGGAACAUCCCUGUUCUUCCUUUUCCUGGUGAUUUACGCGCCGUUAUUCUCACGCGCCGAUGAUUCUCAGCCCGAGAUUGACGCCCUCACGGCGUUUAAGCUUAACCUCCAUGACCCUCUUGGUGCGUUAUCUUCUUGGGAUCCUUCCACUCCGGCGGCUCCAUGUGACUGGCGCGGCGUCGGCUGUACUAACCACCGUGUCACCGAGAUCCGCCUUCCUCGUCUCCAGCUCUCCGGACGAAUCUCCGAUCGUAUUUUCGGCCUCCGCAUGUUACGUAAGCUCAGCCUCCGAUCAAACUCCUUCAACGGCACUAUCCCUCCUUCACUCGCUUACUGCACGCGCCUACUCUCCGUCUUCCUCCAGUACAACUCACUCUCCGGGAAACUACCUGCGGCGAUGAGGAAUCUCACAUCGCUUGAGGUCUUUAAUGUCGCCGGAAACCGUCUCUCCGGGGAGAUCUCCGUCGGUUUACCAUCGAGUCUCAAGUUCCUCGACAUUUCCUCGAACGCCUUCUCUGGUCAGAUACCGAGUGGACUUGCUAACUUGACUCAGCUCCAGCUCCUGAACCUCUCCUACAAUCAGUUAACCGGCGAGAUUCCGGCGAGUCUCGGAAGUCUUCAGAGCCUCCAGUAUCUCUGGCUAGAUUUCAACCUCUUGCAAGGAACGUUACCGUCCGCGAUCUCAAACUGCUCCUCCCUCGUCCACCUAAGCGCGUCGGAGAACGAAAUCGGCGGCGUGAUUCCCGCCGCGUUCGGCGGUCUUCCUAACCUCGAGGUUCUCUCGCUCUCCAGCAACAACCUCUCCGGUACUGUGCCGUUUUCUCUCUUUUGCAACACUUCGCUUAGGAUUGUUCAGUUAAAUUUCAAUGCUUUCUCGGAUAUCGUACGGCCUGAGACGGCUAGCUGCCGUACCGGUUUACAGGUCUUGGAUCUCCGGGAAAAUCGAAUCUCCGGCCGUUUUCCGAUGUGGUUAACGAACAUUUUGUCGCUAACGAAACUUGAUGUUUCCGGAAACUUAUUUUCCGGUGAGAUUCCUCCGGAAGUCGGUAACUUGAAGAGGUUAGAAGAGCUGAAGUUGGCUAAUAACUCUCUUACGGGUGAGAUUCCUAUUGAGAUUAAGCAAUGUAGCUCGUUAGGGCUCCUAGAUUUCGAAGGAAACCGAUUAACAGGGCAGAUUCCGGAGUUUUUAGGGUACAUGAAGGCUUUAAAGGUCUUAUCUUUAGGCAGAAACAGCUUCUCAGGCUAUGUUCCUUCAUCUAUGGUGAAUCUGCAGCAGCUUGAUCGGCUUAACUUAGGUGAAAACAACUUGAAUGGGAGAUUUCCGGUUGAGUUGAUGGCCUUGACGAAUCUGUCUGAGCUAGAUCUCAGCGGAAACCGGUUUUCAGGGGAAGUUCCAGUGAGUAUCAGCAACUUAAGUAACCUCAGUUUUCUGAAUUUGAGUGGGAAUGGAUUCUCUGGUGAGAUACCAGCUAGUGUAGGCAAUCUGUUUAAGCUUACAUCUAUUGAUUUAAGCAAGCAGAAUUUGUCUGGUGAGAUUCCUGUUGAGCUCUCUGGUUUGCCCAAUUUGCAAGUGAUUGCGUUGCAGGAAAACAAUAUCUCUGGGGUUGUACCUGAAGGGUUUAGUAGCUUGGUGAGUUUAAGGUAUCUGAACCUUAGCUCUAACUCGUUCUCUGGUCAGAUUCCGCAGACUUUUGGGUUUCUUCGGUUGUUGGUUUCUCUGUCACUGUCUGAUAAUCACAUCUCUGGAUCUAUUCCACCUGAAAUUGGAAACUGCUCUGCUCUUGAAGUUCUCGAGUUAAGAUCGAACCGGCUAAUGGGUCAUAUUCCAGCUGAUCUCUCUCGUCUUUCGCGUCUGAAAAUGCUUGACUUGGGACGUAACAACAUGUCAAGUGAAAUCCCACCACAAAUCUCUGAGUGCUCGUCCCUCGACUCGUUGUCGCUUGACCACAAUCAUCUUUCAGGAGUCAUACCUGGAUCUUUGUCUGUGUUAUCGAACUUGACGAAGCUUGAUCUCUCUGUUAAUAACUUAACCGGGGAGAUUCCAGCUAGCCUCGCCCUUAUUUCCAGUAACUUGAAAUACUUCAACGUCUCAAGCAACAACCUUAAAGGAGAGAUCCCAGCUUCUUUAGGGUCAAGAAUCAACAACACAUCGGAUUUUUCUGGUAAUACAGAACUCUGCGGGAAGCCUUUAAACAGAAAAUGCGAACGCAACACAGCGGAAGAGAGGAAAAAGAAGAGGAAAAUGAUUCUGAUGAUAGUAAUGGCUGCGAUAGGUGCUUUCCUUUUAUCACUCUUCUGCUGCUUCUACAUUUACACUCUCUUGAAAUGGAGAAAGAAGCUGAAACAACAGUCUGCAACGGGAGAGAAGAAACGAAGCCCUGGUAGAACAAGCGCAGGAAGUAGAGUGCGUAGCAGCACGAGCCGGUCAAGCACAGAAAACGGAGAACCAAAGCUAGUGAUGUUCAACAACAAGAUCACUCUAGCUGAAACAAUAGAAGCAACAAGACAGUUCGAUGAAGAAAACGUACUUAGCAGAACCAGAUACGGAUUGCUAUUCAAAGCCAACUACAACGAUGGAAUGGUUCUCUCCAUCCGCCGCUUACCCAAUGGCUCACUCCUAAACGAGAACUUGUUCAAAAAAGAAGCCGAGUUCCUCGGUAAAGUCAAGCACAGAAACAUCACGGUACUUAGAGGUUACUACGCCGGUCCACCAGAUUUAAGGCUUUUGGUAUAUGACUACAUGCCAAACGGAAACUUAUCUACUCUGCUUCAAGAAGCUUCCCACCAAGAUGGUCAUGUCCUAAACUGGCCAAUGCGACACCUCAUUGCUCUCGGGAUCGCUCGUGGACUCGGUUUCCUCCAUCAAUCCAACAUGGUUCAUGGUGAUAUCAAGCCACAGAAUGUACUAUUCGACGCCGACUUCGAAGCCCAUUUAUCUGAUUUCGGGCUAGAUCGUCUCACAGUUCGAUCACCAUCAAGAACAGCGGUCACAUCAGCCACCGUAGGGACACUAGGAUACGUUUCCCCAGAAGCCACAUCAACCGGAGAAAUCACAAGAGAAUCCGACAUCUACAGCUUUGGUAUUGUCCUACUCGAGAUCUUAACCGGGAAAAGACCGGUAAUGUUCACGCAAGACGAGGAUAUAGUGAAGUGGGUGAAGAAACAGCUUCAGAGAGGCCAAGUGACGGAGCUGCUGGAGCCGGGUCUACUUGAACUUGACCCGGAAUCAUCGGAGUGGGAAGAGUUCUUAUUAGGAAUAAAAGUCGGACUUCUUUGUACUGCGACGGAUCCUCUUGACCGACCAACAAUGUCCGACAUUGUGUUCAUGCUUGAAGGCUGUCGUGUUGGCCCUGAAGUUCCUUCCUCUGCCGAUCAACCCUCACCGGCCUAACCGUAUUUCCUUUUUUUUUUGUUUUUGUCCGUUCAAAUUUGAAUUUUUUAGCUCCCCAAACAAAAAAACAAGGAAGUAAUUUUAAAAAAAUUCAACAUAAUUAUUGGUCUUUGUAGCUUCUUUAAUGUCUUUAUUGUGGUCUACGAAGUCUUUGUUUGGACCCAGAACUCGAAUUAAACUGUUGUUUCAGCUCG